AUGCAGAGAUCAGUCGUUCUGCCCGCAGCUCUCGCUCUGCUUUGUAUGGCUCUCAUCGGAGGCGCCGUGGACAUCUCCACGCUUACCAUCACCGACGUCGGAGGCGAGGGCUGCUAUCCCGACGUCACCAACAUGGAGCCUGGGCGCCGCGGCUUGCCAUCAACAGGCCACUUUCAGGUCGGCAAGCUUGGCGCCGUUCGAUGA